AUGAUACCAGAAUCUAUCAGCGCAACAAAUAGCAAUUUGAAAGGUAUAUGCCCUUCGAACGUAGCGGCGACCCAGAAAGUAAGGAAUGUUAAGAUCAGCCCAAGCACCAAGCAGAUCGUCUACCAAGUCGUUCCGUUCUACAAAGGGCCUGAACGGAUGACAUCGGAAAUAUGGCUUGCAGAUACAGACAUCGCAGGCAGUGCUCGCCGCCUCACUGAUGGCCUGUUCAACGAUAGAGCAGCAGUAUUCCACCCCGAUGGAAACAGUGUUAUCUUCGUUUCAGACAGGACGCAGCCGGGUAAAGCCAAGGAUUUGUAUCAGCUCUUCCUAUCCGAUACAGAGGACGCCCGCGAUCCUCGAUUUUUGAAUUUAGGAAGAAGUGUACAAGAAUUCGAGAUUUCCCCGGACGGUCAGUACAUCGCUUAUUCUAGCAUUCGCCAUUCUUUCGCCGAGUCCACCGCAUGCGAUGCAAAGGUGUACGGGUUCCAGAAAUCACCGUUGGGCCUCUGGAUAUACUCGUUCGUCACUGCUGAAUCUCGUCUUGUUGACGGUAUUGAUGGCGUUUGUCAUAUCGAAUCAUUCACAUGGAGUCCAGACGGCUUCGAACUUUUGUACCGUUUACGCAAGGGAAAGGAGGCUGAAUAUUCAGAACAGGAGAUCCUUGUACAGAGAAUCUCAGUCAAACCGGAGUCUCGUCCAAUGACCCUUGGGACAUAUCCUCGUUCUCCUUCUGGUUCAAAUAUCUGGCUGGGCUCUGGUCAUAUUGUGGGUCUGCAAAGCUACGAGCCAUGUAACUCUCUCGAUGCGCGGGCUCUCUUCAUCCACGACAUAUCGUCAGGAAAGCCCAAAGCGACUAAGAGACUGUAUGGAGAUUUUGAGGACGCGGUCCGUAUUGUUGAUAUGCAGUCCAAAUAUUACUCGAACAGACAUGGCGGAAGCGGAAUGAUCGCAGUAGAGGUCUGCUCAGACGUGGAUACUCAUAUUGAUGCAGUUUAUCUCCACCGAAAUAACUCAACGCCAAAAGAUAACUAUCUGUUCGCUGUACUCCCGUUAUUCCGCACGCAAGGCGAUGCUAUCUGGUUCGGGGCUUGGGACGCUAAAUAUGCGUAUGAUUCUGCUACUGACAAAACCACUGUCGUAGUUGCAGCAGUGCUUAGCUCUGGGAUUCUCAACGAGCCUCCAAACGUUUGGUCCGUCAGAAUUGACGAAAACAUGGAGACCAGAGGUACACCACCGUCCCGUGCUGUGACAUCUGAUGACCGACUUGAAUACGAUGUGCCGAACUGGUAUUAUCCUUCCUUGACCUCCGUUCGCUACAAACUUUCUUCGCAUCUCGACUGGCUCAAGAAUUCUGCACCUCUUCGCACGGAAGUGAUCCACUGGCAGGCAGAGGAUGGCACCCGAUUGAGUGGCGUAGUAAGGUCGUCUAUGUCUGCCGUAAAUCGACCUCUUCCUACAGUUCUGUUCAUCCAUGGAGGACCCUAUCGUCGUGACAUACCUGACUAUAUGCCGUACUUCUGUAAUUGGCGGGAACUUCUGGCGAGUGCCGGAUACCUUGUUGUUUCUCCAAAUUAUAGAGGCAGUCAAGGUCGGGGUCAUGCCUUUGCGUUUGCUGCUAACCAAGGAAUUGGGGUGUACGAUUGGCCCGAUUGUGAGAGUAUGGUCGACGAAGUGAUACGUCGCGGCUGGGCAGAUCCAACCAGAUUGGCUGUGGCUGGAUGGAGUCACGGCGGAUCCCUCACUGCAUGGGGUGUAACUUUGACGAAGGACCGUUUCAAAGCGGCCGUCGUUGGGGCCGGGGCCUCCAACUGGGAGGGCAUGGUAAUGGAAUCUGGAUCUCCGGAGCUCGAGAAAGCGAUAAGUCAGAGAGAUCCUUGGGACGGGGAGCUUCACAAACGAAAUCUCAGCCCCAUUCAUAGAGUUGAUGGGGUCUCAACUGCUGUAUUAAUUCUUCAUGGUGACAGAGACGAACGCGUGCCAGUUGGCCAAGCUAUCGGAUUGUACAGAGGGCUUCAAAGAAAAGCUAAUGCAAGGGGAAAACGAGGCACUGAACUCGUUAUUUAUCCUAGGGAGCCCCAUGGGUUUUUGGAAAGAGGACACGCUGAAAAUGUCAUGGAAAGGGUCAUUCGACAUUUUGACAAGUGGCUAUGA